AUGCUAAUUCAGUAUGGAGCUGACCCUGGCUUGGUGGACAGCCACGGAUUUAAUGCACUUCACUUGGCCGUCCAAUCACCUCAACCGAUGCUGGUUCUGUACAUUUUGUCCCUGGGCAGACUGGAUAUAGAUACUAAGGAUGGUGUAGGCCAAUACACAGGUCUGAUGUGGGCAGCCAAUGAGGGCAACGCAUUGAAUAUCAAACUACUCCUCCAGUUUGGGGCCAGUGUUGAUGCUGUAGACCAACGAGGUGCUACUCCUCUGCACUGGGCAGUUACAAAGGGAAACCGUAUGUGUAUCCGUAAACUGCUCGAAUACGGAUCAGAUCCAACCGCAAAGGAUCAGGGCGGAAAAAGUGCGGUUGACCUUGUUCAUGAAAAUAAGCUGGGGCGUAUAUGGGACCAAGCUGUCCUUGAAGCUACCGUGCUGGAAUCUUCUGAUACUUUGCAGAAAAAAACUGUCAAUAGAUCGAUAUACUUGCUACCGUACAUUGUCUUGCCCAUCGUAUUAAAAACACUUUCUAGCUUCCCAUGGUUCACUGGCCUUCCGCUGGCUUUGGCCGAAUUUAUUGUGAUGCACCUCAUUGUAGAAAAGUUAUUGAUCGUCGUACCCAACUCUGGAGAACUUCUCAAGACACCUUAUGCAUCUAGUAUAUUCCAGGCAUCUGCAUGGUGGCUAUUCUUGACAUGGGCGUGGGUACUUGUUUCAGCAACCCCUAAUAUAAUCAUCCUUCACAUCCUGUUCUUUGUCACAUUUUCUAUUGCGAUGGCUUGUUUCUAUCGAUGCUCGGUGGCUAAUCCAGGAUUUAUUGAAAACGCAAACUCACUUGACAGCAUACAAGAAACAGCUGUUGAAUUGGCAGAUUCACAUCAGCUGGACAUUCGCCAUUUCUGCACGACUUGCAUGAUAAAGAAGCCAUUGAGAUCCAAGCAUUGUAAAGUCUGUAACAGAUGUGUGGCCCGAUUCGAUCAUCAUUGUCCAUGGAUAUUCAAUUGCAUUGGACUUGAAAAUCAUCGGGUGUUUAUGAUGUUCAUGUUGAACAUGGUGAUCUGUAUCACAAUCUUUGUCUCAAUUUCUGCCCAAUAUUUGAUCGCAAAUGCAACCCCAAUCGGCGAUAUGCCACCUGAAGAACUCAAAUGUCUGCUGGGGCCUACGAUCUGCAACUAUUUCGCAUAUGACACAUGGACACUUGUGAUUACUUGCUGGGCAGCCUUUCAUCUGUUCUGGAGUACUUGCUUGUUACUCAUGCAUUUUUAUCAAAUUGCAAUGGGAGUAACGACCAACGAAGCUGUCAAUUCGCAUCGAUAUGGUUAUCAAGACUAUAAAAAAUUUGCACACAACAACGCAUCAACAAAUCAACCUGAACCAGACGCCACCAGUUCAAUUGCGGCAACGAUGACAAGUAGCAGCAGCACCUCCUUACCCAAUGAACGCAGUGCACUCUUGUGUCUUCCUCUUUGUAAAAAUAAGCAUGCUGUUAGAAGUACGAGUAAAAGUAAAGGCUGUAGUAUUAGUAACUGCUGCUCUUGCGCCAACAGCAUCAUGAGCUCACAUAGUGCACACCGCAAGUACCGUCAGCCAUUAAACAAACGUAGUGGAAAUCCAUUUGAUUAUGGGUGCCGGACAAACUGUGUAGACUUUUGGUCAAACAAUGGGGCUGUCAAUUGGUACGAAGCUUAUGAUAUCCAACAUGUAAACAACAGCCCUCUUUCGGGCACCAAAUUCUAUUCCCCGGUUGCUCGCCAUUCAAUAGAGCUUUAGCUAUUAUUUUAAAUAAUAUAUAUAAAUUAUUCCCUUUUUCUUCUUCUUCUCUCUUUACAGAAUAUAUAUAUAUAUAUAAUAUUACAAGUGAAUAAUAUUGUACAGUCUUAUAGAAAUAUGUUUAUACAUUUAAACUGUGUUACCCUGACAACCAACUCUAAU